AACGCGAGCACGUCGACGACUUUUGAGAUUGCACUGCGUCGUAAUUUAUUCUUAGGCAUCCGGAUCGGAAUCGCGACGUUCAAUUGCGAAAGCCAAACAAUAGACAGAAAAAAAAAAGAAUAUCCAUGUUGCCCUCUUCGCCCCCUCUACAGCUGCGCUCGCCCACUGCGCGCAGUCGCAGCCCAUCAGACUUCAGUCUCGACCUUGAUGCGCUGCCAGAUGGCGAAGAAUCUAGUAUAGUUGCGACGCCAUUGCCAAGGGCAAAGCUCGACGUGGUCAAUUCAGAUGACAUCGAUGGUCCGACCGACUUCACGCAGAACUUGGAGUACUGGAUGACGGCCAAGUUACCGAUACCUCAGCAACACACCUCGCGUGACAAGCCUCCGACAACGGCAGCGAAAUCUCCGCCUCUUAACGGCGUUGAUACGGCGGUCUCAACACCUAGGACGGUAGAGCAUGCGCCUUUGCCAAAAAAGAAGGAGCUGCAGGCAAGCGUGGAGGACCACGAAGAUACACCGUCACGCAUGCACUACAGCAGUAGUACGCUUGGCCCAGUCUUGAGAAGUCCGGAGCUCACGCAGAAUUUGAAAAAUGCCAGUGUAGAGUGCGCAAGCAAAGACGACGAUGUCGAUGAGGAAAGUGAAACGGUCAAGAGCCUGCGAGAAGCGCUCGAGAAAUUGAGGGCAGAACUGGACGAAGUGAGGACUCAAAGUCAAGAGCACAUUGUGGGGAUUAGACGCGAAUAUGAGGAACAGUUAAAGCAUCAGGAGGAUGAAGCAAACGCACAACUCAAGGCGCAAGAGUCAUUCUGGCAGCAACGUCUAGACAACAUUUCCCAAGAGCAUGAACAGCGGUCGAAGGACGUUCGAAUUGCAGGUGGCGGAGAAGAAGCCAACAUCCGUGCCGGGUCACCGGCAAUCGACAGCCAAUCCGCAGAGGAAGCAAAACACAUCGCCGCCCUCGAGAUUGCGUUGGAGCAUGAACGCGAACAGCUUAAGGAUGCACAUUACAAAAUUGCAGAGCUCAGCCAAAGACUUGAGGAAACCAACGACAAGUACAACGCUGCGCUUGAAAGACACACGCAGGAAAUUGAGAGCACGAAGGCGGAGCGUGAAUCUCUCCGUGCGCGGUGCAAGGAAGUGGAGGCUUCGAAGCGAGCUGCAGAGAACAAAGUAGAGAGCCUCCAAGCCGAGCUUGCCAACAUCGCGCUUGAGCAUGCAAAUGAGAUCGAGGUCCUUUCAAGGCAGGUCGAAGACUCGGUAACGGCCAAGGCGACGCAGCGCGCUGCGCUCAGGCAACAUCGCAACUUGCAAUCAACGGCUCUCGCCGACCUAGAGCGUGAAAACGCUCGACUCCACGGCCAGCUUGACGCGAAGGACGACGAGAUUGAGAACCUCCAGGAACAAGUCAGCCGACUGGAGGCGCAGCUUAGCGCGGCCACCGAGGAGAAGGAAAACGCAGCGGCGCAGAAGCUGAGGGAGCAGAAAGCUCUAAACGAACAGGCCGCGAGGGAAAUUCAGUCUCUCGGAUCAAGAGCAAAGAUAUUGCAGGCCAAACUGGACGACGCAGCUGCAUGUCACGCCGCUGCUGUGAACAAAUUGGAAGCUCAGGUUGCGCAGGCAAACUCGGCGAGGCUGGAGUCUGACGCCGAGGUUGACAGGUUGAAAGUGGAGCUGUCGAGGGUUAAAGAGGAGUACGAGUUUGUCAACAAGGCCAUGGAUAAGCGGAUGCAGGAGAUCAUGAAGGCUAGAGAAAAGGUGUGGGAGGAGAGAAUGCAGAUGAUGAAGAAGGAGAUGGCCCUGAGGGGCGAGGUACUCCUUCGGGAAUGGGGCGUGAGAGAGCUGGGAACGAGCGAGCCUCAAAAGUAUCGAUAUAAGUACGUGUAGAAGGACGUGCAAAAGACGAGUCAAAAAUAAAUAAUUCAAAAAUAAAGAGCCGGGCCUUUGAAUACUUC